AUGAAAACAAGGCGAAGGCGUCGAUCCCGAGUUCAUCUCCGACGUCUCCGAGCUCCAGACCGACAGAGCUUUGGGCGCCAUCGCUUGGAAGUUAUGGCCAUCCAGAGCUGUGUCGUCGGCCUUGUCUUUCUUUUUCAGAACAAGGAGUGUUUGAAAGGUGCCAGCUGCGAUUUCUGCCACGCCGAGCACAAAAAGGUCUCGGGCCUCGACAAAGCACAACGUAUGGUCAUGAGUCGCCUCUCGCACUCCGACAAGCUCCGCAUGCUUCUUCCAUUUCUACGCUCGAAGGUGCAGGAUGGCUGGCAGGAAGCCGAAAGUGUGUUGGAGCUUUUGCAAAAGUCUGGUCCUUCAGCUCUGGAGCUUCCCGAGCUACCGGGGCUACCAGAACGUCCUGGGCAUGUCCUGGAAACUGCGUCGAAGGUGUUGACACGGAUGUCUUUGAUGGCUUUGCUGGGAGUUUUGCACAAGUACAUCACAGAGGAACCCUUGGCGCAGCAUCUGAGCCAAGCCAUUGCCGACUUGCGGAAUGGAAUAGCCGAGGGAUACCGUAACCUGCCGCAGAACGAUUGA